AGAAAUCGAUUCCAUCCCAACACGCCUCCCUUCCCCGACGCCGCGCCGCCUCCCUCUCCCGACUCCCAUUCAUCCCGACGCCGCGCCCCCUCCUCUGGUGCCCUCCCCCGGCGCCCACUCCUCCGCCGCCUCCUCCGACGCCCUCCCCCGGUGCCGCCUCCUCCAGCGCCCCCUCCUCCGCCGCGCUGCACCUCCUUCGUCUUCCCUUCCCCGACUGAAAGCUCGCCGCCGUUCAGAUCCGCUCACUCGGCGCUGCCCCGGACAGUUCCCCACGUCACCGAAGUCGGAGAAGCCGCGGGACCUCCACCUCCAACACGCCCUUCGCGUCCCUUUCUCCUCAUCGUCUCGUCCCUUCGCGUCUCCACUUCUCCCCGUCCCCCUCGCGGUUUUGCGCAUCUCUCUCUAUCUGCGCUCGCGGUGCUCGGCCAUGAUGGACUACCGCUUCGUGUACAAGGACGUGGAGGGGACGAGCACGCAGUGGGGCGACAGCCAGCGCCGCCUGGGGAAUCUACCCCCGAAGCCGGAGCCCUUCAAGUCGCCGGCUUUCGCUCCCAAGGUCGAGGCCGACGAGCAGCCCAAGUCCAAGGAAUGGCUUGACGCGCGUGAGCCCGAGGAGCUCGAGGAACUCGAGGAUGACCUGGACGACGACCGCUUUCUCGAGCAGUACAGGAAGAUGAGGCUUGCAGAGCUCAGGGAGGCAGCAAAAGCCGCACGAUUUGGCAGUUUAGUGCCAAUUACCGGAUCGGACUUCGUGCGUGAGGAAGAACAGGGUGAGCCUGAUCCAAAGUUGAAGAUAAUUGAGCGCCCCGUCGAAGAUGGGGAUGAGGAGAAGACAUGCGGCGGCGGUGGCGGCGAGGAGGAGAAGAACGGCGGCCGAGGCGACACCGUGGAUGAGGAGGACAGCGAAGACGACAGCGAAGAGGACAGCGAAGACGACAGCGAAGAGGACAGCGAAGAGGACAGCGAAGACGACAGCGAAGACGACAGCGAAGAGGACAUGAGGGGUUGGGACGAGGAGGAUGGCAACCCGUAUCUGCCAGUCAAGUGGCCCUGGGAGUAUCCGUUACAUAUUUGCCCUGAAGGACAAAAGUAUACACUGGAGGAAGCUAAAGAAAUAGUUGAAUCUACCUGGGAAAGGAAUGGUGACCUGCUCUCAGAAUGGUCUGACCUGUUUAACAACAACACGACUCCUUUGCCUGCGUUGCCUCUACGUGUUCUUCCAAGGGUAACCAAAAACUGUGUUUCUGGAGAUGACUGCUACCAUGUGCAGUAUUGGAUCGGAGAUACUGAUGAAACUGCACUAGAUCAUCCGUAUUUCAUACCCUGUGAGAUGAUGCAAGUGUUCUCCCUUGGAUUAUCAAGCCCUCUUGCUCGUCCUAUUAAUAUUUAUGGGCAUUUUUCUGUUCGUGAUGCCUGGGAACCACUCCGCAACUAUCUUUUUAAUCGCUCAAGAAAUGAUCCAGCCAUGAUUUCUCAGGGUUGCUCUUUCCUGCCACUUUGUAGCCCAUGUCGUGGAAUAUAUGUGUGUCCAUAUUUUUUAAUGGAUGUUAAUCUUUGGAUAAAAGAGGAAGAAGGAUCUCCUGACACACCGUUGUUUAGUGGGUAUGUUGAAAUCGACACUUCUUUUGCUGGAUUCGGAUCCGUCCUGAUAGGACGGUUUCAGGGCGAAGUUUAUGGCGUGAACAUGAUAUUUGCUUUGCUAGGUAACAGCAUUGAGACUGUUAUAGAGGUAAAUGCAGAAGCAGAACAACCAUCAGACGUGAGAAUUAGUGCCUCAACUAGUGGGUUUGAUGAGGAGAUUUCACUAUAUGAUGGCAAAUUUUGUGGAAGUGGGUCAAUGUUCAAGCAUAUAGUGGCUGUGAAGAAGCAAGAGGAAUUGCACGUUGUUUUGAAAAUGAAUGAGUCUACAUACAAAUGGACUUUUAAGGCUGGAAUUGGAGUUGUUAUAGCACCUGAACACCCAGUUUCCGGUUUUACUCAGUACUUUGUCAUGAAUGUGUCUUUUAGAACAAAGGGCAAAGCAGCAUCAGCUUGGCAGUGGAGUUGCAUAUGCAAUGACGUUCGUGUAUCGAGAAUGUGUCUGUAGAGUAGCAGGUGCGAACAAGUGCCAUCUGAAGCUCAGUGUCAACUACUGAACCAUGUAAGGUGUAGAGGACCCAACUUUGUGUGUUGCUAGUCGAUUUCUGUACUUGCCAAUGGACGAUGCACUCUUGUUUUAUAUUUUCUCCAAAUGAACUCUAUUUUCUUAUUGCCUACUCAUUAGAAAGAGUGUUGAAAUUGUAAUCCAAAUGUACUGCUCCCGUUUAUUUCGUAUCUGUUCCGCGGUUUGUGCGUGGUUGGUACAGCCCGGUGAUCUUCUCACUUAA